CAAUUCUACACGGUUUCCUCAAAAAUAAGCUCACGUUUGGUUGCUGAGAACAGCCACUCCAAGAUUUUUUUGUGCGCGGGUUGCAGCCCAACCCACACGACCCGCCAACUCCAGUCUACCACAGAACAAGCCACCAAAAAACGAACUUUUCAUACUUUAUGUCGUCCAAGCGGAACUCGAUUGGCGAGUCGCUCGCGGCUGCUGUGGCUGCACAGACGACAACCAGCACGUCGCCGCCAAUUCUGUACGCCUCAGCGGCAUCGACCUCGUCGCCGGCAGCAUCGGCGGGCGGACCGAGCGGUGGAGGCCACCCGCCGUCAUCGUCGUCGUCCGUCACAAACCCGCUCGUCAAGGGCAGCCAUCCGCUGAGCAUCAUCCACACUGCUGCUGGCGGAGGGGUCGGCGGAUUGCUCGACCACGGGCGCGGCUCGCCAGUCCAGCACCACCACCACCUGUCGACCUCCCCGCCGCAGCAGUCGUCGAUGGUCAACGGCAGUGUUGUUGCUGUUGCUGCUGCUGCCGCUGCUGCUGGUGGCGGUGGCAGUGUCAGUGGCAGUGCUCCGAUGGGCUACUAUCCAGAGCUCACCGGAUCGCCGCCGUACUCGACCUCGCCCCCGCCUCAGACGUCGUCAGCAGGCGGGCCCGGCAGCGGCAUGGGGGCCAACGCGGGCGGCCAGCAUCAUCUGCACCACCAUCAUCACCACAACCACCAUAGCAUGGUCGUCGUGCAGACGUCAACUGGAGCUGCAGUGUCAACCAGCGGCACCGCAGCAGCGUCAUCAGCGCUCGCACGUCGCGCCAUUGCCCCGCCGUCAGAUGCACCGCGCUACGUCCAUCUCAACGUCGGAGGCACCUUCUAUAUGACCUCGGUCGAUACGCUCUUCAAGCGGGGCGAGAACAUGCUUUCCGCCAUGUUCAGCGGGCGCAUUGCUGCCGAGCCAGAUCCGGACGGCUGGUAUGUCAUUGACCGCGACGGACGGCACUUUCAUUACAUUCUGAACUUUCUGCGCGAUGGGCGAGUCAAUCUGCCAGAGAGCAAGCGCGAGCGUGCGGACAUUGCCGCGGAGGCAAGCUUCUACCUGAUUGAGGAUCUCGUCCGGUACAUUCAGCUGCAGGAGGAGGCCAAGUACUAUCCAAAGUGCUCCGUGCCAUUGCUGACCUCGGCGCAAGAGUUCAAGCUCAUUCUGGCAACCACACGCACACCGCUCGUCGUGCUCAACUACAACCGCGGCAACAACAAGUACUCGUACACGCCAAACUCGGACGAAAACUUUCUAAAGAACGCCGAGCUCUUUGACAAGCUCGCGUUCAAGUUUAACGGCCGCGUCCUCUUUGUCAAGGACAUCAAGUGCCCGAACGAUAUUCUGUCCUGGGUCUUUUACGGCGGAGGCAUCAAGGUUGCGGAAAUUUCGUGUGUCUCGCUGUCAUAUCCGACCGAAAAGAAGCAUACAAAGGUCGAAUUCCCAGAAGCAAAGAUUUACGAGGAAACACUCAAUGUAUUAUUAUUUGAGAAUGGCGCCGUUCCGUCUCACCCACCCACCCAUCAUCAGAGUCCGUUUCUUGGCAUUGACGAUCGGCCAUGAGGCGGUUAUUCGUCCUUGAACCUUUUUUUUUUUUUUUUUUGUCGUUGCUGCUGUGUUUUGUUUUGGUUGGAUUGGCUGGUCCUCCUCCACUCUGUGAUCAUUUGGACAAUUGGAAUAAAAGUCGGG